UAUUUGAACAAGACUUGUUGUGGACCAUAAUAUAAUGGAAAUAUCCGCCUUGUGGAGCAUAAUAGCUCUGAAAAUGAUAGAAGAACAAGUAAAUGUUUAAGUAGCAAAUAUGAUUUGUUGGCGUACAAACUUAUUGGAGUUACCAAAUUUAAAGAUCUUUGGAAUACUACUUAUUAUACCAAUUCUCGCCGCAAUUGUUUGUAAUUUUUGUGUCUUUAUUGUUAUCGUGAGAAUGCAAAAAAGAGCAAUAUCUAAUUAUCUUUUAAUGUCUCUUUCCAUAUCUGAUUUACUCGUGGGGAUAAUUCUUGGUCCAUUGACAUUGGCACAAGUUUUUGACAUUAACCUAUUAUCAAACUGCACGGCUCAUUUUAUUCGUAGCUACUUCCUCGUUUUACUUGGUGGAUCUUCCUUGUUAACGUUGGCAGUGAUAGCGUACGAUCGAUAUUUACUUAUGACUAAACUAACUAACUACAACAAAUAUAUGACCAAAAGAUGGGGAUUUACACUUGUUGGGUUUUCUUGGAUUUUUCCUGGAACAAUACCUAUUGCCAAAAUACUUAAUAUGAAUGCGUAUGUUGUUCUACGUAUUUUAAAUUUUACCCUUUCAGUAGUUGCUCUAGGAACGUUUUAUUUUUUAAUAAUUAAAGCACUUAAUAAUAAAAGAGUAGAGUUUCGUCAAAAUAAUCAAAUUUAUCAAAGUGUCUCUUGCUACAGCCAAGUUGACAAAAAUAUUAAUAAACAAAACAAGUUAAUAAAAUCGUCUGUAAAUUACUUUUUAAUCAAAAAUUUAAAAAGGCAAAAGUACUACACCAAAGUAGCUAAAUCCGUAACAUUAUUAUUCACAUGUUAUUUUGCAUUUAUUUUUCCUUUAAAUAUUUGGCUGAUUUUAGAGAUUUCAAAUGUAAAAUAUGACGUCAUUGCUCAUCGAAUCUUCUACCUGUGUGCAAUUUUUCUAAUGCAAGCAAAUUCUUGUAUAAAUCCCCUUAUUUAUUAUUUAAAACAAAAAGACAUUAAAAACGGUUUGCGACAAGUUUAUAAAUCGGUUAUACUAAAAAAGAGCAUUUCUAGUAUAUAAAUAAAAAAAAAAAAACAUGAAGAAAUCAGUAGAAACUACAUGCGAAAUACUUUAGAUUGACACAAAAAGUACCGAACCGGUUCUUUAAACAAGCAACAGUAAUGAUUAAUGAAAAAAUAUGAGGCAAUCAAAUUUGUAUAUUAACAAAAUAAUAAUAAAUAAACAAUAGUAAAAAAAAAAGAAAAAAAAAGAAAAAAAAAAGAAAAAUAAACUGCAAACAGUUUUUGUGUAGUACAUUUAUCCAUUAAACAUGACGUGUUUA